CGCACACAUGUACUCACAAGUACCAGCUGCUGUCAGACAACAUACCAAAGUUCUGUGGGACGGAGCUACGUGUGUGGGACGCUUUUUAUUGACCUCUGCGAAAGUCUGAGGAGAGAGAGAGAGAGAGGGAGAGAGAGAGCAGCUGAUCGACAUGGCCUCCCCCGACGACACAGAGGGCUCUCUGUCUCCCGUGGAUUUUAUCCAGCUGCAGCAGUACAUGGAAUACAGCAAUCUAAGGGUGAAAGAUGUGAUCAAGGAGUUUCAGCCUGGAGGUCGACUGGCCCAGCACAGCAUGGGGAAGUGCGUUGACGCAGUGGGUUUCAGUCUCUUUCUCAAGACGUACCUUGAGGUUGAUGAGUUUCCUGCGGAUUUCUGCCAACGCCUUUUUCACUACUUCCAACGAAUAGAGCAGGAUUGCAGCACAAAGAGCCCACUGCCCCAAGGAGGAGGGGUCUUUCUUCGCGAUGUGUCCUGUUACUUCUCAGUGCUGGAGGAAGGACAGCCUCGAGAGAAGCUUGAGUUUACUUUCAAACUUUAUGACAAAGAUGGCAACGGACUCCUGGACAGUUCUGAAGUGGAUCGUAUAAUCACCCAGAUGGUGCGAGCUGCUGAUUACCUGGGCUGGGACGUGACGGAGCUCAGACCAGUGCUGAGAGACAUGAUGACAGCCAUCGAUGUGGACGACAGUGGCACCGUCACACUGGAGGAAUGGUUGAAGGGAGGCAUGAACAAUGUGCCUUUACUUGUUCUGCUUGGACUGAAGAUGAAAGAGAAGGACGGGCAGCACAUCUGGAGGUUGAAGCACUACAACAAGCCAACUUACUGCAGUGUGUGUCAGAACAUGAUGCUCGGCCUUGGAAAGCAGGGACUCUGCUGCACCUGUUGCAAGUACACUGUCCACAAUCAGUGUGCCAACAAGAAUCCUGAACCCUGUGCUCGCACCUUUGUCAAAUCCAAAAAGGAGAUCGGUGUAGCGGCUCACGACUGGAUCAAAGCCGACUGUAAAUCUACAAAGUGUAAGAUCUGCCACAAGAAGAUCAAAACUUUAGCAGGGAGGCGUUGUGCGUGGUGCCAGGAGAUGCGUCAUGAUGAGUGUAUUUACUCUGGCUCGUCGUCCUGUGACUGUGGGCCACUGAAAGAUCACAUCCUGCCUCCAUGGGCCAUAUACGCCGUCUCAAAGGAGGAGGACUCCAACCUGUUGAAUGUUACCUCUGAUGGCCACAUCCUGCAGAUCGCUCCACUUCCAGACAUCCAUCCUGUGUUGGUGUUCGUAAACCCCAAAAGUGGAGGAAAGCAGGGUGAAAGAGUGCUCAGGAAGUUUCAGUACCUGCUGAACCCACGUCAAGUGUACAACCUGUCCAACGGAGGUCCUGCACCAGGACUGCACUUCUUCCACAAUCUGCCGGACUACAGGAUCUUGGUGUGUGGAGGCGACGGCACCGUUGGCUGGCUCCUGGAUGCUUUAGACAAAGCAGACCUCCAGGUGCAUCCUCAGGUUGCCGUCCUGCCUCUAGGUACUGGGAACGACCUGGCUCGCUGUCUACGCUGGGGUGGAGGCUACGAGGGGUCUGACCUGAGGGACAUCCUGAAGGAGGUCGAAGGCAGCAAGCUGAUCCCCAUGGACCGCUGGAACAUCCGGGUGAUACAGGAAGACUCUGAAGAGGCGGGAGACCCUGUGCCAAAUGAGAUUAUCAACAACUACUUCUCUAUUGGAGUCGAUGCUUCCAUUGCUCAUCGUUUCCACUCCAUGAGAGAGAAACACCCCCAGAGGUUCAACAGCAGAAUGAAGAACAAACUUUGGUAUUUUGAGUUUGCCACUUCUGAGACCAUCUCUGCCUCCUGCAAGAGGCUAAAGGAUUGUCUCUCGAUUGAGUGUUGUGGGAAACAACUGGACCUGAGUGGCCUGUCACUGGAGGGCAUAGCUGUCCUCAACAUACCCAGCAUGCACGGCGGCUCCAACCUCUGGGGUGAAUCCAAGAAGCCGGAUGGCUUGCCAGAGGCGGAGCGCAGUGAGGUCAUCACUGAUCCUGAUCUUCUUAAAACGAUCUCACAGGACAUGAGCGAUAAGCGUUUGGAGGUGGUGGGGCUGGAGGGAGCUAUGGAGAUGGGACAAAUCUAUACUGGACUGAAGAGCGCUGGGCACAGACUGGCACAGACGUCUCAAAUCACCAUCAGGACAGUCAAAGCUCUGCCCAUGCAGAUUGACGGGGAACCAUGGAUGCAACCUCCUUGCACUAUCCACAUAACCCACAAGAACCAAGCGAACAUGCUCAUGGCUUCACCGACCAAACCAUCCUCGUUCUUUCACCUCAAGUAAAGAAGUGUCUCCACUGCGUCCUCCAGUCUGCAGAGGGUCACAGCAGACCACCUGUAUAAUCAUGACCAGGAUGCAGCAUGUGCAUUUUAAGAGGAUUUUGAUUGCCGAGUGUGUAGUUGUGUGUUGUUAUUGUAAUUUAAGUGUGUACGUGUGCUUUGCACUUAAUCCCUGAUAUGAUUCUGAACUAAGUCAAAGUAAAGACACCUUGCACUUACCCAGUAACCCCGCUGACAGACCAACGCUGAAGUGCAAAUCUCACCACUCAGUCCGAUCACUGCCAUCGUGUGCCAACUUAAAUGUAAUGCAUCUGUUUUUUGUGUUUGUAUAUAAAAGAAUAGAGUGUAUCACACAUGUCUACAGUAUAUAAUGAGGAGUAUAUAUCUACUUCAUUCAUGUUGCAUUAGCUUCUUCUGUGCUAAGUCAAAUUAACAGUGGUGUCUUGUUGAGUCUCACCUUUGCUCCCUAAUGCAGCUUUGUUCUGGACGACAGCAGCUUAAAGCAGCUCACCUUACUCUCCAUGAUCUGUUCAGAUGUCUGUCAGUGUCAAAAAAUAUAUAUAAUAUAUUUAUUCCAGUAUCUCUUUUUCAAUGUUUCUUAAAUACAUGUUGAUACAUGUACUAUAAUGUACUGUGCUCCCAGAUUUACCAAGCUGUGCAGAGCAGCCUCUUGUUGUAUUUAAUACACAUAUACGGUACUAGACAUAAUUCAUAUCAAUUUCCUCUGUGUUGUUGUUGUCCUGUAACUUUGCAGCAUCUUUGUAGCAAGCUCCUCCUGCUGAUUGGCCUUUUUGAAUAUGUUCACACAAUAUACAGAAAUCUAAUAAAAUAUCAUUGAUUCAAA